AUGUUUUCCAAUUUACUAGAUAGAAUGGGCGCAUCGUCUCGCUCUUCUAGUAAGCACGAAAUAACGCGUGCCCCUUCAUCGGAAUCAAUCGAGACUUCAAUCACUGUCGACGACACCUCGAACUUAAAUUCCUCUACAUCUACACCCCCAACAAGCAUUGGAGACAAUGUUAGUGUCACUUCUGCCACCGGCAAGCCCGAGCCCAUUGCCGACGAGGCAUCAAUUGCACCCGAACAUACAGAUAGACGAAGUCAGCGAGCACGCGCAAAGGUCGGAACCUACAAUGCUAAGAUUCUUGCCGGCACAGCCGUACACACCCCCAAGAAAUUUUUAAAGGAGAAGAGCGCUCCAGACAAUGAAGCACGGCGACAAACUAUAUCAGGAGGCGAAUUGGCUGAUGUAUUGGGUCCGGUAAAUGCGUCUGCAAGCACUGUAGGAAAGAAUGCACAAAAGUUGGUUAGUGAGGGAAUUGAUGCUCUGGACUUGUCUUGGUCAGUCAAGAAAUUGCCCAAGUCAGCCAGCAAAAUCAAUCAAAAAAGCCCUAAAAGUACUGCUGCUAAGAAGGAGGAUCUUUCUCGAAGAAAGUCUCUACGAUCAACACCUGGCGAGAAGGCGGAUGGGCCCACGAAGAAGAUUAGCUUACUAGGAAAGAGAGAUCGAAAGGAAAUGGAAGGAGGUCUUCAGAAGGCAAAGCGGGAGCUCAGAAACCUCGCAGACACGAAGGAAUUUGCAAAAAUCGAAACAGAGCCUGUCGUAUUGGAAGUCUGGAGUAACGGAAAGCUUGUGAAAAAGGAGUCGGCAAGGAAGAAGAAGAAGGCAGAGGAGGCCCAAUCUCAAGUCUCCGAGCCGGAGCCUACCAAGACCCCAGCAAAGAAAGUAGCGCAAGGUAGGAAAGAGAAAGCUUGGUUGACGAAGGGACUCUACGCGGGACAGGAUCCGGCCAAUCUUGACUGGUUCAAAUCUUCUGGAAAUACAAAGUCGGCUUUUAAGUGGACUGGAAAGCCAAACAAAGCCCUGCCAUUACCCUUGUGGAAUGGCCAAAGAUUACUACACGUUGGAAGAGAUUUUAAACUGCCUUUUGACAUAUGUGCUCCACUCCCACCAGGACAACCUAAACCUACCGAGUGGUACAAGACUUCUCAUAAUCGAUUCAUUGGAGAAGCCGGUUCAAUGUGGAAGAAGUCGAGCUUGUUUGAUAGUUUUUUCUCCAAGUGUAUCUGUAAACCCGAUGCUGGUUGUGAUGAAGAUUGUCAGAAUAGAAUCAUGCUUUACGAGUGCGAUGAUACCAAUUGUGGCGCAGGACGAGACAGUUGCACCAAUCGUGCAUUCGCUGAGCUUUUCAAUCGUCGCAAAGGCAACUCAUUCCGAAAAGGUGGCAAUAAGUAUGAGAUUGGCGUUGAAGUUAUCAAAACAGCUGAUCGUGGCUACGGAGUUCGAAGUAAUCGCUGCUUCAACGCAAACCAAAUUAUCGUUGAGUAUACAGGGGAGAUCAUCACUGAAGACGAAUGUGACAGACGUAUGAAUGAGGACUAUAAAGAUAAUGAUUGUUAUUAUCUAAUGUCAUUUGAUCAGAACAUGAUCAUUGAUGCGACCAGGGGUAGCAUUGCUAGAUUUGUUAACCAUUCCUGCAGACCAAACUGCAGAAUGGUGAAGUGGAUUGUGGAGGGCAAGCCGCGAAUGGCUCUGUUCGCUGGCGAUAAUCCCAUUAUGACUGGUGAUGAGCUCACCUAUGACUACAAUUUCGACCCAUUUUCGGCCAAAAACGUUCAAGCUUGUCGCUGUGGCAGUGACAAUUGUCGUGGCGUAUUGGGACCUCGACCAAAGGACCAAAAAGUCAUCAAGCCCACUACAAUUAAAGAUGUUGUCAAGGCUGGUCUUAAGGCCGGCAAGCGAAAGCUUCAACAGAUGAUUGGUGAUGACGAAGACGACGAAGACGCCCAGGUUCAAAAGAAGCGAAAGACGAAGACGGCCACAGGAGUCAAAUCAUCCAUAUCUGCAGCUACCACAAAUGUUGCAAAAACAGUCAAGAAAACAGUCUCUUCACAACUUUCGAACGCUCGUCAUGUAGUUGGCUCUAGCAAGAAAACAAUCAAUGUUAGUCAAGCCACAGCCGGCUCACUCAAAACUUAUGGAAAGAAGCAGAUGAAGCUCUCUUCAAGCACCACAAAUUUAACUAUCGUUUCGCCAGAGAAAAGUCCCAAGGGCAAAGAAACGAGGAGAGAAAGUAUGACGAAAAGUAUAUCACGAAGUAGGCGUUCUACUAGACGAUCCAGCGUGUUUGAUGAUGCCAAUGAGAACACAUUCAUGAACACCACAGAGGAUCGCAGCAAACGCGCACUGCACGAGCUGCAUUUGACACAAUCUAGAGAAAAUGGAGAUCUAGGACCUUCGCAAUCAGGAUAUGUAUCAAAAGUAGCAACAAAACCUGUCCCAGUUGCUAAGUCAUGGGCGCAUUUCGUUGCUGGAGGUGUGGGGGGAAUGACAGCCGCAGCUCUCACAGCACCUCUUGAUGUCCUGAAAACACGCUUGCAAUCCGAUUUCUACCAAGCACAACUGGCGCAGAGUCGUCUGGCCAAGGGGAUUUCUCCACAUGCACAUCUCUCGCCACUACGUAGCGGACUUUUACAUUUCCGUGAAACUUUUCAGAUCCUCGGGUCAGUACAUAGACUCGAAGGAUAUCGUGCGCUCUUCAAAGGAUUGGGGCCAAAUCUUGUAGGCGUGGUUCCCGCGAGGUCGAUAAACUUUUUCGUCGUGGGCAACGGGAAGCGAAUAUUGGCGGGGUAUAAUGGUGGGGUGGAAUCGGCUUGGGUAGUUUGUCUUGCGGCUGCCGCUGCUGGAAUUACGACGAGUACGGUUACAAAUCCUAUCUGGUUAAUCAAAACCCGAUUGCAACUGGAUAAGAAUGUGGCCGAGAGAGCAGGGGAUGUCGGGAAGAGACAGUACAAGAACAGUUGGGAUUGUAUCAAGCAGGUUGUAAAGGGAGAGGGAAUACGGGGAUUAUAUAAGGGAAUGAGUGCGAGUUAUUUGGGUGUUACGGAAAGUACGUUGCAGUGGGUUUUGUAUGAACAGAUGAAGAAAAGUUUGGAGAAGAGGGAGGAGAGAAUAACCUUGAGUGGGAAACCCAGGAAUUUCUUGGAUCACUCAAUACAAUGGACUGGAAGCCUCGGAGCAGCAGGGUUUGCAAAACUUGUGGCAGCACUUGCGACUUAUCCUCAUGAGGUUCUACGAACACGCCUAAGACAAGCACCUUUAGAUCAUGGACGCCCCAAAUAUACAGGACUCGUUCAAUGCUUUAACCUCGUUUGGAAAGAGGAGGGAAUGGCUGCUUUAUACGGAGGCUUAACGCCGCAUCUAUUACGAACAGUGCCGAGUGCUGCUAUCAUGUUUGGCAUGUAUGAGGGAAUAUUGAAACUACUGGAAAAGCCGGCUUCACCUUGA